ACCGUUCAUACUCACAGUGCAAAAUGAUCGUACAGGUGAUGCUCUCCGUUCUCCUGGUGUCAGUCACUCUGACUGAAGGUAGAGGCAUUCGAGGAAGAAGCCUUAGGGAAGCUUUUGAAGAGUCUGCCUCUGAAUUAUCCUCUGGUUCCUCUUCCUCAUCAUCCUCGGAGUCAACAGAAGAAGUGAAGCGUGAUCUUGAAGAAUCGUCUUCGGAAUCCUCCUCUGGGUCAUCUUCUUCAUCCUCCUCAGAAUCGACAGAAGAAGGUAAGAGCAAUGAUGAAGAAUCUUCCUCUGAAUCAUCCUCUGGUUCCUCUUCCUCAUCAUCCUCGGAGUCAACAGAAGAAGUGAAGCGUGAUACUGAAGAAUCGUCUUCGGAAUCCUCCUCUGGGUCAUCUUCGUCGUCAUCCUCAGAAUCGACAGAAGAAGAAUCGUCUUCGGAAUCCUCCUCUGGGUCAUCUUCUUCUUCAUCCUCCUCAGAAUCGACAGAAGAAGGUAAGAGCAAUGAUGAAGAAUCUUCCUCUGAAUCAUCCUCUGGUUCCUCUUCCUCAUCAUCCUCGGAGUCAACAGAAGAAGUGAAGCGUGAUACUGAAGAAUCGUCUUCGGAAUCCUCCUCUGGGUCAUCUUCGUCGUCAUCCUCAGAAUCGACAGAAGAAGAAUCGUCUUCGGAAUCCUCCUCUGGGUCAUCUUCUUCAUCCUCCUCAGAAUCGACAGAAGAAGAAUCUUCCUCUGAAUCAUCCUCUGGUUCCUCUUCCUCAUCAGCCUCGGAGUCAACAGAAGAAGUGAAGCGUGAUACUGAAGAAUCGUCUUCGGAAUCCUCCUCUGGGUCAUCUUCUUCAUCCUCCUCAGAAUCGGCAGAAGAAGGUAAGAGCAAUGAUGAAGAAUCUUCCUCUGAAUCAUCCUCUGGUUCCUCUUCCUCAUCAUCCUCGGAGUCAACAGAAGAAGUGAAGCGUGAUACUGAAGAAUCGUCUUCGGAAUCCUCCUCUGGGUCAUCUUCGUCGUCAUCAUCAGAAUCGACAGAAGAAAUAUCGUCUUCGGAAUCCUCCUCUGGGUCAUCUUCUUCAUCCUCCUCAGAAUCGACAGAAGAAGAAUCUUCCUCUGAAUCAUCCUCUGGUUCCUCUUCCUCAUCAUCCUCGGAGUCAACAGAAGAAGUGAAACGUGAUACUGAAGAAUCAUCCUCUGAAUCAUCGGAAUCGACAGAAGAAAGCGAGAGCAACGAUGAGGAAUCAUCAUCGGAAUCAUCCGAGUCGACAGAAGAAAGUGAGAGCAGCGAUGAAGAAUCAUCUUCUGAAUCAUCCUCUGGGUCAUCUUCAUCUUCGUCAUCCUCCUCAGAAUCCUCGGAAGAAAAUGAGAACGAAGAAGCGAAAUUUGCAUAGAGGAUGGAACACUGCUUGGAAACCUGCCUUUAUCAACUGUGCAGAAAUAUCGACCGAUAGCAUUUCAAUUGUAUGUUUUAUAGAAUAAAAAGUUCGUGACAA